GGAGCCACUUGUGCUCAUCGUUAUGGAUCACACACUGUCAUGGAUGUGAACCCAAGGCUGAUCUCGAGGAUAAACUCAAGGAUUUAGACUGUCCUACCAUGGAAUAAUGUAUCACAGCUGUCUAUGGAUGAACUCGCAACUCUACAGCAUCGUUUUGAACGAAGCACGCAUUUGACAGCAUGGCCUACACUGUGCCAGCGACGAGAAGUAAUCAUGUGGGGAUCACUGUGUCCUAGUGCCAAGUGGUCAGGCUGUGCCGCAGCUUAUCUAGCCAACGCGCAUGGCCGAAGGUGGAGCCGAGCUGACCUCACAGGCACCCUUUGUACUGGCAGAGUACCAGUCGCUUGAUGGCAUCCUUGAACCGAUCAGAAACCUCACUAGGGUCAAGUAUGCCUGCUUCGACGCAUCCAAACGGUACCUCGCCUUCGGGGCUACAACUGGAGAUGUCUUCAUGUUUCAUCGAGACACCACUGCAUACAUUACAACAAUCACAAACAAGGAGGGUGCAGUGUCCCAGGUUGCCUUGGCACCAGAUGACUUCGUCCUUGGUGUUGCCACUAGUCGUGGGCACGUUGUCGUCCUGGAGCACAAUGCCAGGAAGCCCGCAGUGCAGGCACAGAGGCUGCAGCUGUCUUUUGAGCACAAGGGAAGUGUGGUCACAUGCCUGGAGUGGAACAGUGUGGGGACACGACUCUUUGCCGCCGACAAUACUGGAAAGGUUUCCAUCCUCAAUGUGUCUACAUCUAAGGCCAAAAGUUUGUUCCAGUCACCACCAAGCACUCUGAUGCGCUUAGACUCCAAAGUUGUGCAACUGAACUUCGCACAAGAUCGGCUGCUUGCUUCAACGUUGACAAGAUGUUAUCUCGGCGAUACAAUCAGAGAAAAGUUCACUCAAGUUGGCAAGAAGCUGAGGGACGGCGAGUUUGGUGGCUGUUUCUACCCAGGCAGCAAGCCUCAGGACUCUAUGUGCAUUUACGCAGCCCGUCCAGGGUCUAGGAUAUGGCAGGCUGAUCUCAAGGGCAGCGUGCUCAAAACUCACCAGUUCAAGGAAGCUCUUGCCAUCAAUCCAGUCAAAUUAGUCACAUAUAGGUCCGAUACUAGCAUUCUUGGAAGCACAGCAUCCUCAGCCUCAACAACAGCAUUUACUAAGCUACUGACUGUAUGGGCAAGCAGUCACAACUUGCCAUAUCUGAUAUCAUGGAGUUCCAACGGCCUUUAUGUAAUUGAUCCACAAGCAGGAGAGAUAGUUCUGUGGAAUGACGAGCUGAAAGAUGUGAAAGAUUUGAGGUGUGUGCGCAACAACAUUUACAUCCAACUGCACAGUGGCGAAUUCUGUGCCUGUGGCCUGCUGACACCAGUGCAAGCUGUCCUGUGCCUCCUGCAGCACAAUCAUGCAACGCUUUGUGGUCAGUUUCUCUGCCAAAACCAGCUUCUGAUUCCUAAGCCAGCCUUUGAAAAGACUCUGUCCAGCGAACUGUGCUUUGAACUCCACGACAAACUUCAGGAGGCCGGUCAGGUUUCAUUGGCCGUGUCUGUUGCAAAGGUACUCUUGGACAGCUACGAUGUUGACAUCACUAACAAGCCAGCUAAGCCAAAGGUUGAUCUUGCCAAAGAAGAGUGCUUAGACCCAGCAUCGUCUAACCUUGCACAUGUGUCUGUUGAGCGUGCGCCAACCAAACGACGCAGCAGAGAAGCCCAGAAAUCCAAGGAUGAAUUGGGUGUUUCUUCACCUCGUCACGUCCGCUGUCACUCAUCGGAGCCUGUCAAGACCCAUCUGGUGUCCAGCCCAAGACCUGUGCGAAAAACAGUGAGGCGUGGAAGUGAUCCUCCACCACUGGGCACAUUAGACAAAAUACCAUCGGCUGAGUCCUCUUUGAAACUCAAGCCAACCAAGGCAUGCAGUCCAAGACCAGCCCGGAGAACCGUGGGCUUGUCGAGUGGGCAGAGAGAAAGAAGCCUGAGCCUGGAUGCUCCUCGACAGGUAACACACGAAUCUCAGCCAUCACGAACACUCUCAGAGAGGCCGCGGCAGCUACCAACUGUAGCCAAGAGCUCUGCAUUUGUGGGCCUCAGCGUGGGAAGCCGUGAUCAGAACAAGGAGACAGCAAAAGUCGGCAGCAGUAACAGUUCAGGCAGGGAGACUCCCGAGGACUCCGAAGUGUCACCGACCCCAGGGUGCUCCGUGGCUGAACGGGGCAACAACAAGAAGGCCUAUGGGAGUGCUCUGCGGAUAUUACCAGCCAUUCCUGCAUCGCCCUUGGAUUCACCAAUGAGUCCUUUGGACAGGGUAGACCCGGAGGUGUUGGCCAGCAUGUAUGCUGAACAAGAUGUGGGCUACGAAAGCGUCUACCAGUACCUCAGCCUGGGCGUGUAUGGCUCAAGCCUUGUACCUGCUGCCUUCACCAUGCGAGGCACUGACCUUGCUCAGCUAGCUAAUGUUGCUGAUCUUGCGAAGCUUCGAGAUACGCUUUCAUCGAGGCUAUCCAAUGGAAAGGACUCCAUACUGAAAAACCUCCGUGGCCUGGAGAGCAAGUUAAAGUACUUUUCAGUGGACCAAGCUGCAGACGUGGGCCUCGCAUCUCCAUUGUCUGUGGUACCAGAGUGCACUCCAGCUGAGCCUAACUUAAAGCCAGCAGAAAAUUUUAGCAAGCACUUGACACCAAAGGAUGAGUUUUGGUCUUUCCUGCCUGGUGUGAACAGCAGCUUCAUUGAGGCAACGCUGCAAGCAAGCUCAAAUGCCAGUGACCCCGGCAUAUUUUACCAUGGUCCCAGCCUUGUCAUGGUCCUUGAAGAAUGGCUUGACGCUCUACAUUCCGCUCAGAUUUCUAUAGUCAACCAGAUCGCAUCUACAGAGACAGCAAAGCUUCCUGCUGUUAUAAGCCACUGUGAUAGUGUACAGAAGUCACCCGAUGAAACAUUCUCUUCUCCCAGCUCCCAGAGUGAGGCUAGAAUCAGUGCGCAAGUGAACCUUAUCAAAUCCAUCUUCACCAGCGAUCCGUUUCGCCUCCCUUCCGAAGUGGCAGAGAAGGCUCGGGAGUUGGCUAUGCUGUGCUUUCAAACACGAACACUGGGCAGUGUGGAAAGAGUUGCCACAAAGGUGUCCGAAGUUGAGAGUCGUGAGAAACUUACGUCGUCACUGUAUAACGGCAGCUCUGCUGCCACGGACAAUAAACUCUCCAAGCACAGUAGUACAAAUUCGCUCGGGAGUGAGGACACUUCGACGCACUGCGACCUCAGUCUUUCAAUGCGGUCCUCGGCAUCUGAGAAGUACGGGUUUCACCUCUCCGAGAUGCCAACCGUCGACUCCUGCAGCGAAUCGGCCAUGUUCCAGAGCAUGUCUUCGUCUUGCGGAGGUUUCUCAAUCAAUUUGGACUUCCGGCCUGAAGAAUCAGGGCAGCAGCAAGAUGCACUCUGUGUUAGGAAAAUGUCUCUCGGUCAGUGCAGGCAAGAGACGAAUGGUGAUGGAACUGAGAGUGCAAAUCAGGAGCAGGGUGUGGCAGACCUUGCCACUGUUUCAGGUGCUUUGCCCAGUCAGUCUCCUCUUCGAGAGAAUGAGAAUGUCAGCAUGCGUGAAGAUGCAGCAGUGCCAACAGAAGGCUCUAAAGUUUCUAGAGACGAGUGUUCGGGUGCCAUCGGUGUGAAUGGUUUUGCGUCGCACGAAGCAGUGGAUUCAUGCCAAAGUGUAGCAGGCGAGGGUUUCACAGGCCAAAGAAACUUGUCAGUUUACAGUGAUCUGUCGCCUAGUCAGGGUUCUCAAAGCGAAGCCACAUCAGUUUCCUGGAUGCCAAUGAUUGCACAGAGUAAGGAGAAGACAGAGUUGUUCAAAAACCAUGUAAAUGAUGCCAAAACUGCACUCUUCAUUCGGUAUUACUUUCACCUCCUUGACCUUGAAGUUGUGUGGGACGUUGUGCAGCUCACGGAGAAUCCAUGUUUUGAGACGUGGAGCACUGUAGUGUUGGGUGUGCUCCAAGAGUUGAAGGCUCGACAUCGGAAUGAAAGUGGUCCUGAACAUCUGGUCAUCAUCGCGCAUCAGGUGGAAAGGUUGGCCAAUCAACCAUGGCUGCUUCUACCCUACCUUGUGCUAUUACAUGAAGUGGCACAGGAGAAAUUGGAAGACACGUUCACCAAGAAAGCCAGCUGUCUGUCAGCAAGAGACAUCUUCUACUUCACCCGGCUGUGCAAGGUGGAAUCCUUUUUUCUCGGAGCCAUGCAGGGUGCUCUAAGCUGUUUCACCUUGCCACAGAUGCUCUCGUCAUUUCGCAAGUACCUUGAGAAUGAAGAGGUUCGGUGGGAGUGGGUAACGCAGUGCUUGCAAUCUGUAAAUAAUGAGUGCCUCAAGUGUUCCUGCGGAGCUCCAAGCUACAACUCACACAAAACUAACUGGCCUAUGUACGAGCACUUAAAAGCCGUGUUGUGCAACAAGGACUGGAUAUCCCAGAAAAGCUUGGAGCUUUGUCGGACAUAUGCGUUUUGGCCUGGCUACCUCUGUGCACUAAAGCACUUGGGUCAUCGUACGGAGCACCUUGUGAAUGUGAUACAGCUGGGAGAUGCUGAGCUGCUUAUGCCAGACAAUUUUCUAGGGUUUGUGCCAGAGUCCCCCCAGGAAUGGAAGUUGGCGAUGGAGCUGGUCGGGCGUCAUCGCACUGAGAAGGUUGUUGUGGUCACGUGCUUGUCAUGCGGGAAACCCCACAAGUCAAUGGAGGGCCAGAUGCCCCUGACGGUGCAGAGCGUAGCUCAACGCAUGCUGGCCUCUCUAGGAUUCGAGCAGGCAGCCGCGGUCCUCCAUGAGCUGAAUCUGCCUCGCAACUCUUUAGGCCAGGGCUUCUACCUCGCCAGUGUGCUUCUAACGCUCAUUGAACAGCAACAGGCUGCCCUGAGCCACCGCAUGUUAUCUCGCCUGGAGAGCUAUGUCUGGUCACGGAGGCCUGUCACACUACCACCUCAGGUUGCCGAUGUCCUUGACAGGGAGAAGCAGGGUCUGGCUGGCCAUGACGAACUGACAGAUGUGCAGCUGCAAGGAUCAUUUGUGGAGGAGCCUGAAAGCCACUGGGGGGGCAACAUUCCUCUUCUCUCAAAUUGUUUUCUCUGUGGGCUGCCUCUGGGAACUACUGUUAGCACACAUGCCGUCGUUAUGUGCCACUGUGGUCACUGCUUCCAUGAGAGCUGUCUUCCUAGUCCAGGAGACUUUUGUGUAAUCUGCAAGGAGGAGCAUAUCUGGAAGCGAUGAUAGCAUUUGUGAUGUUACGGCACAUUUGAGUCAACAAUGGCUGCUUGCCGUGCAGCCAACUCAACAGCGCCUUUAACUCCUGCCAGGUUGCGCCUCAUCAGAAGGAAGUGUUUGUCGUCGAGAUUUCUUGCUUGCUAUGUAUGUGUGUGCAUUGUUGAGACAAGUGGCAAUAGCGGUACUCUGUGCCAUGUUGUGUGCUAGCCCUUGAAAGUCUGCUGUGUUGUCCUCAGGCUGCAACAUGCCAGAUUGCACCGCCAUCAGCAUUUUGCAAGUUACCUGUUAGCCAGUUCAAACCACUUAGUAGUGAGAGACUGUGACCUUUCCCACCACAAGAAACUAGAUGUUAGUUUGCUUUACAGCUUGAUGAAUGGAUGGUUCCGGUAAUAAUGCGCUGGUGUAUAAGUGGCAACCAUGUGGAGUGUAAUUACUAGUUUUAUCUGAUGACCUGGAGGACAUGAAACCGCUGUAAUUGUCAAAACAGCUUCAUGCAUCUUGGUAAUUCCGAAAUUGUCAAUGAAACUGUAAAAAAAAAAAAAACAUGUCAGAGAAAACAACUAAUUAAAAUGAACGAUUUAUGAAAUCCUGUGCAUCACCUUUCCCUCAAGCCUCUUUUGAAGCCAAAGAAUACUUCUAACAGAUCACAUUCCAACUGCAAACAUAAGCACUCAGCAGAUAUGAGUAAAUAGAGAGGCGCUAGUGAGAGUUUCAGGACAUUUACCUCUCUCUUCCCAUUUCUUUCUUUCAUCUUAGGAGUAUGAAUUUGGAAUCUUUUGUGUUGUGUUAGCUCAAGGCAUUGUGCCUCUUACAUUAAUUUGACACCUUUAAGUUGUAGCAAUAUUGCUCGUAUAGGUGGAGGAAAUCUAGAAAAGUCAGCAAAUUCAUAAAAAAAUGCAUUUUUGCUAGUCACCAUAAGCUAGGUCAUAAUUUUGACAAGGCUUCAAUGCACCUAUUACUGCGACAUUAUGGCAACCUAAAUGGGUUUCUUCAUUCUUAGCAUAACUAUUCAAGCUCGCUCAUCACCCAUGUGGCACAGAGUGCUUCGUGUUUCACUGAUCAUCUUGAAGCAUUUUGCAGAAAUAGCAGAACUGCUAUUCUAAUGAAAAAACAUGAAACUCCAGAGGACUGGAACUGGCACAGUCUAAGGGUAGUUUUGAGGACUCAUUCCAAAAGACUGAGGUAAUGUUCAAUAGCCUAGCAAGAAAACAAGAGUUCAUGGUUGGUAGUCAGCCUAUCAGCAGUUUGCAGAAGUGCAUUUAUCUAGACUAAGUACUAGUCACGAGGUAGCCACAUUAUCAGAAGGAAACUUCCAGACAAAUAAAAAUGUGUUGGAGUGCAUAUGGCAGGCCUUAUAAAUUUAGGAUCAACUGGUUACCAGUGUCCUGGAUGUAUGAAACUCUGAUAUAUUGAAUUAUUGUCUAUACAUAAUGCUUGCAACAUCCCCUUGAAGAUCUCAUAUGGAUGCACUGUACUAAACGUGUAUUGAACUUUCAUUCACCGCCACAUACAGGGGCCAAGAUGAAAUAAAUGUCUUCCUCCCUCAAUAUAUCAAAUGGUGCGUCAUGCUGCACCCCUGAAAGUGCACUUUUGAGGCCUGCAAUCAUUUCUUGCGCCGUCGGAAAUAUUAAUUGUCGAUGAAACUGCACUGUUUCGGCAGAUGCUGUGAAGCAACACACUGACUGUGAAGGAUAGUACAUGCCACGGAGGAAGAAUGAGCAAAAUGUGUGUGUCGCUGCAAGUGGCCAUUCGUUAUCAGCAAGAGCAAAUCAACACACUGCUUCAAGAAUACAAAGAGCCUUCCAGUCUGAUACACAUUCCACAAGAAAGCGUGGAUGACAUUGAGUCGUUUCACUGAGUCACUCUGGGCAUAGGAUGCCAAACUGGACAUGUUUGCUUCAGCAGGUUUUUCUUUUUUAUGCAACCAGGAGUUCCUGCAAAUGGCAUUUUAAGGUUGCGUGAGUGGCCAUAACAAGGCCAACCCCAACCCCCAUUUGGACACAUUUUUGCUUUAGUUUGGAUUUAACAAAACCACCACCUGCCACAUCCGCGAUUCAGUAGUCCUUGCGGAAAGACCAAUCGGAAGAGCAGCGCACAAGACUCAUCGCGUUGCGAUUUCCGCGCUGAACGCUUUUUCCUUGCACUCGUAGGAUUACAUGUGAGUGGGAAUGCUGAAUUUUUUUAAAGCCACUUUGAACUCUAGCAGCAGCAGCCUAAAUCAACUCAUUGCUAACGUGGGAUGAUUAGCUGUGAACAAUGCAUUGUAACGGACACACAAAGCAUGUUGAUGUGUGAUUUGCAGUACAAGUGCACUGGUGGUGGCACAUCACAUAUCUAUAUAGGUUGGUUUGCUUCUGCACUGCGUCCAUAUUCAUCUUAGCCUGAAUAAAAAUGUGCUACAAGCACUUCAACGUGUGUGUGACAUACUGUGGUUGCUACGACUUGCAGCAGGGUGACGCAGCUGUUUAAAGUUGGCGCUGCGAUCAGUAUAUCAAAGACCACUCCGCAACGUGAGUGAUUUACGGCAUUUGUCGGCAAAAAAAAAAAAAAAGCAAUCUUUUGUGUGUUCGACACAGCCUUGGAAAAACAAAUCGAUAAAUUCCCGCUUUUCACAAUUUUGAGAAGCUGCCUAAGACGUGUGGAGUUUUCAGGCGUAUUUUCGAAUUGAUGUGUCAAAAUGGGUACUUUCCCAUCUCCUUCGAAUUAAAUAUAUCUAGUAUUCACUGUAUACAAUCGGUGCUUUCUACAUGCAUACUAGCCUGUCGUGCUGGAACUUGGACAGUAAAUGAUGAAACUUAGAGAAGAACCUAAGGACUGCACAGCAAGCAGAGGAACAGAAAAUUAUCUAUAUAACAUUAAGUGAGAAGAAAACAGUGCUGUUGAUUAGGGACAGGCUAAUCAAGUCUAUUUGAAUGAAAGAGCAAAUAUGGGGAGCUGAUAAUCUAGUCAAGAGUAAUAGGGCAUAUACAGUAAUAGAUGACCACCAGGAGAAGGAAAAUGUAGUUGAGAACGGCAGCAGAUUAAAUGAUGUGAUUUUAGCGAAUUUGCUAGCAUAGAAUAGAGUUCGCUUGUGGAAGACAGAGGUAUGUGGCGAUUGCUGGGAGAGGUUUUCGUACUGAAGACAAGGCCAAAAAACCACAGAGGGCAGCAAUGUGAGACCGGGUGCACGCAUUUCACAAACACUAACUAGAUGACAAGGCCAACACUGAAGCCUGGAGAAUUGCAGACAAUAAGUGUGAGUGACUGGAAAAGCAGGGAAAAGUGGAAAAGUUUUACAGAGCAAGAUUUCUGAUCAAAGUAUGCAGACCGGUACUUAACAGGUGCUUCACAUACAAGCAAGUUCAGUGCAAAGGGGCACCACUCGUGGUAUCACAACAGUGUGGGAUUGCUGCCGGUAGGGUGUGUGAAAUAACUUGACACACUUGUUUUAAGAAAAGGACCCUACGGUCUUAAGAAAUGGUGCUUUUUGUGGGGGAUGGAGUGAAAAUAGACAUUACAAACAUCGUGGAUAUGAUACAGUUACUAUUUUUAAUGUCAUUUAAUAGUUUUACUGAUUAGAAGCCUGUGGCCUAUAACUGCCUGCUGCAGUAGUUUGGUAAAGGAGCCCAAGGGUGACAGGUAGUGUGCUGCAUCCUUCUUUAUUUUUUUUAUGACAUGUAUGAAAUCAUUGCCAAAAAAUGUUCCUUGCAGCCACUUCACUUGAAAGCCAUAUUAGGGUCACAUUUCACCUACAAUCUUGGUCUGGACAGUGUGCAGUGUGACAUAAACAGAUGCACAUGAAAAUUACGUCUGACACACACAUUCCAUAUGGUUGCCACUUUAUGCAUGACUCCCCUUCCCCCUUCAAAGCAGCUUGUUUUCUUUUUUUCUUUUUUUUUAAUCAUGGCAUGCAGUGAAACCAUUUUUGAUCUCUUAAAGUAACAGUAUUGUGUCUCUGAUCUAAUGUUUUGGGAGUGCUAUAUUGAAUUUUUCUUGCAACCGUUACAAGGCUCAAGAAGAAAUGGUGGUAACAGGUCAGUUCCUUUGAUUAAGCUAUUUUUAAUUGAGAGUAUAUUUUUAUCUGUGUAUAUCAUAUCUACACUCUGUUAAGUGCUUUGAACUGGUUCUUUUAGCCGAAUUGACCCAACCUGCGAGUUUUGCUGGUCCAUAGCAGUGAACUUGAGUGUGCAAAUAUGCGAACUGAAAAUUUUCCUUCUCAUUAAGUGCUCUUCGACGAUCUCGCAAAUGUUUCAUUUUUGGUUAUAUAUUAUACACACUUGCAGACCUUGCUGUAAAGGAUACUCUUGACCAAGCUUCUUAUUAGUUUUAUAUUAGUUGCAUGUGAGCUGGUGUUCAUUGGAUCUGCAAUGUCAGUUUCAGGAAUCAUGUGCUUCAUGUGCAGUCAUACCUCAUCAUAAUGAAUCAGCAUUAUAAGCAAAAGUGUCUCCAGUAUAUUCUAUGUUUUCCCAAUGAAUGUGGAGAUCUAUAUUAGAGAGAAUAGAUAUGCGAGGAUGCCCAUGCAAAGAUAGCCUAAGGCACAGAGAAACUGUUCUAAAACAGAAAAAAAAGACAUUCUGCUGUCAAUUACUGACCCCAUUACAAGUACAUAAUUCGCAGUCUGUUGCUAAAAUGCAAAGGCCCCCGCUGUCGUCGCCACCAGCUCCUGUGUUUAUGUGGCGAGUCAUGUGAUCUGGUCAUGCCGACAAGGAAAAAAACAAGAAAAUAUUUCGAGUUCUUCGUUUCAUUUUUUCGGCUGACAUUUGUCCACAGGAAUAUUAGGCUUUAAUCUUGCUGCCACUAGAGGCAGGUGACUAGCUUCACCUUACGCAAGCUGGCAUGCUUCUUCAAUGAGUGAUGGCCCCUUACAUUAUUGUGUCAAGAUCUUACACAGAUGUCGCUCUUAAGUGCAAGAAAGAAAAUUAAGCAUAAUUUUCAACUGCAUUCAUGCACUGCUUAUGCAGUUGGUAAGCACAUUCAUUGCCUUUGCAGGCAGUACAAUUUAAGCUGCACGUUUGCUUUGCCAUAAUCAAAACCAAAUCAGUUCUUGUUCUCUUUGGCUUCAUCAUGAUGUACAAUUCCUGUUUAAGCAAACCGUGACCAGUCAUACUUCAGAUUUGUUUUAUUGCAUGCAAUAAUCCGCUACAGCAGUGUUCUUUAUAAUGAGGUUCUGCUGUACUUGUGGUUGAGCAUCAUUCUGUACACUUACUUUUUCUGAAUUUUUGAAGGGGACAUUUUAGCAAGAAAACAGAAAGAAUGAUAAACAAGAGAUUUAUUUUCUAGUCGCGCAAUAAAGAACAUGCUAAAGCCUAGCCAGAGAGCCUAAUAAUUAAUGGGCCUUUAACCUGCUAAGUACAUGAAUGGACUUGGAUGUGUCAGUGUAGUCUUUGUUUUAGUUGAUUGUUGGUCUUUCCUGGUCAAUAUGCUUUGCAGAACAUAAAUAUCAGCAAUAGUGUUACUUCUUAUUUGCAGAGUCACUUUGAGCUUGUUUAAUGAUGACUUUGCUUGCAGCAUUCAAUUAUGAAUGGCACUGCAUGUUGGCAUAUCAAAGUAUUUUAUUAUGUAUGUAUGAUUUAUGCAUUCUUUGUGUAUCUGAAGAACUUCGCUCUAGUAUGAUGUUGCUUACAUGUUGGAGAUUGGUUGGUAUAAAGUACUCUUCUGCUUAACCGCUGG